CCCAACCAGAUAAAUCAAAACUGAUGGAAUGUGGAACAUGCGGCUACUGGAGUGGAUUGCAUGGAGAAAUCUAGAACUCCAACCUGAGAUGCCUCGAGAAACUUCCAACAUAUCCUAUAAAUUUCAUCAAUGCUAACGUCAUCUUCUCCCGUGAUCAUUUCUUUACUCUCGCAACAAGAAAAUUAAAUGGCCUCAACACUUCCAAAUAUGAGUUUCUGUGCUCACCCUUCAUCUAUAAGAGUUUCCAAUACCAAAUUGUUACCAUUCUCAAGAGCAAGGAAUGUAAUUUUCCACAACAAUGUAAAGGCUACUGCCGGAAAUGAUGCAAGCUUCCAGAGGACAAAGCAGCAUCAACAAUUGCAGCCUAAGAUGAAUAAGGGACUACAGUCUUCCCCCAAAGUGCUGCUGUUGAACCAGUUUCCAGAAGCAAGAACAAUGAGACAAAUGUUGGACACAAUGGAGAGGAUUGUGGAGAACCCAUUGUCAUACAGCAGCGCUUCACCUUUGAUCAUAACCGAAAACGGUGAAUACAAUAAAGGGAAACUGCCGUGGUUAAUAAAAGAAGGGAAGAAAGAUUACAAGAUGAGGUUUAAUAUGCCAGGUAUGAACAAGAACGAUGUAAAGAUAUGGGUUGAAGAGAACAUGUUGGUUGUGAAGGCAGAGAAGGAGCAAAGAGUGCACCAUGAAGGUCAGGAAAAUGGAAGUGAAGGGCAUGAAGAUGACUGGCCUGCCAGUAGCUAUGGUAGAUAUAAUGACAGGAUUGCCCUUCCGGAAAACAUUGAGUUCGACAAGAUUAAAGCGCAGGUCAAAGAUGGAGUUCUUUACAUAACAGUUCCAAAAGCAAGUAACGCUGCAAAAAAGAUUGACAUAGAUGUAGAGUAACCGUAAUCUCGUAGUAAAGUUUGUUUCAUGGUUAUUAGAAAAC